AUGGAGCGCGCAAGGAAGCUUGCCAAUCGCGCGAUCCUCGACCGCCUAGUUCACCUGACCAGGCAGCGCCCUCGUCCCCUCCAACCCCACCUCAUCUCCUCCCGCUACGUCUCUUCACUCGCCCGCUCCAUCUUCCCUAACCAGUCGCCGUCUGUACCGUCCUCGCCCUUGCCCUCGGUCGAUCUGCUGCCCCGCAAUGCUGCCGCUGCAGCCACUGCCGCCCAGAGACGCUCCAUAUCGGUUGAGGCCCUCAAGCCCAGCGACACGUUCCAGCGACGCCACAAUUCUGCUACCCCUGAUGAGCAGGUCAAGAUGGCGGAGGCGUGCGGAUUCCCGGGGAUGGAGCAGCUCAUCGACGCGACCGUCCCCAAGGCCAUCCGUCUGCCAUCCAUGGAGUUCUCCAAGUUCGACGAGGGGCUCACCGAGAGCCAGAUGGUCGACCACAUGAAGUACCUGGCUGACAAGAACAAGGUGUUCAAGUCCUUCAUCGGGAUGGGCUACUACGGCACCCAUGUCCCCGCCGUCAUCCUCCGCAACAUCAUGGAGAACCCCGGAUGGUACACCCAGUACACGCCCUACCAGGCGGAGAUCGCGCAGGGUCGCCUCGAAUCCCUCCUCAACUUCCAGACCAUGAUCACCGACAUCACCGGCCUCCCCAUGUCCAAUGCCUCUCUCCUCGACGAGGGCACCGCUGCCGCCGAGGCCAUGGCGAUGUGCAACAACAUCCAGAAGGGCAAGAAGAAGACUUUCCUCAUCGCUGCCAACUGCCACCCGCAGACCAUCGACAUCUGCCGCACCCGCGCGGAAGGAUUUGCCCUCAAAGUGGUUACUGCCGAUCUCAAGGACUUCGAUUACAGCUCCGGCGACGUGUGCGGGGUGCUCGUGCAGUACCCGGGCACCGAGGGCGAGGUGCUGGACUAUUCAGAUUUCAUCAAGAAUGCUCACGCUAACGGUGUAAAGGUCGUCAUGGCGUCAGACCUGCUGGCUCUGACCGUGCUGAAGCCCCCUGGCGAGCUGGGCGCGGACAUUGUCGUCGGCUCCGCCCAGAGGUUUGGCGUUCCAAUGGGAUACGGAGGCCCCCACGCGGCCUUCCUGGCAACCUCACAGGAGUACAAGCGGAUGAUGCCUGGGAGGAUCAUCGGUGUCAGUGUCGACUCCACUGGGAAGCCUGCUCUUCGAAUGGCAAUGCAGACGAGGGAGCAGCACAUCCGUAGGGACAAAGCAACAAGCAACAUCUGCACUGCUCAGGUUCUUAAAAAGUUUUCAAAUACCGGGCAAUAUCACCAUUUAUAUGCCACUGCGUUUAUAGUCAUAUAUAAUUAUCAUUCACAGGCUAAUUUUAGAAAUUCUCUUAGAACCUUUUUUUAUUACCCUUAUUUCUUAAAAUAUUAUUUUCAUUGAUAAAAAAAAUCUUUUUCGGAAAAUCUAUUUUUGUGGCCUUUGUAUGCGUCGAAUAUGCAAUUUUUCAUGUUAAUUGUAUUUUCCUGAUUUCUAUGACUUUCCUUCUUCAAUUCUCGUUUUCUGUUAUUCUUUUUUGUGCCCUGCGAAACAGGGGACAAAAUUUAUGUUCCACAACAGCCAACAUCGAGGAAUUUUUCUCUAAUUUUAUAGCUCAUGUGCAGGCACUGCUGGCAAAUAUGGCUGCAAUGUAUGCCGUCUAUCACGGCCCAGCUGGUCUUAAGGCUAUUGGUGAACGUGUUCAUGGUCUUGCUUCAACUUUUGCAUCAGGCCUCAAGAAGCUGGGAACAGUGACUGUCCAAGAACUGCCCUUUUUUGACACCGUGAAGGUCAAAUGUGCUGACGCACAUGCAAUCGCAGAAGCUGCUUACAAGCACGAGAUAAAUCUGAGGGUUGUUGACUCAGAAACGGUAUGUAACAUUGGCAACUAAUCUCAGUAAGAUUGGCGAUAAUUAUUUCCAUUCUUGUGUGAUCUUAUUUUUUAUCAUAUCUCGCUGGCUGUUCAGAUAACUGUAGCUUUCGAUGAAACGACCACAUUGGAAGAUGUAGACACUCUGUUCAAAGUAUUUUCUGGUGGAAAAGCUGUAAGUGUGCACGGUGGCAGAAAGAAUUAUAAUGAAUUCUGAUUAUGUUAAGUGAUUUUGUUAACAAGACAUGAAUUAUAUAGGUGGGUUUCACUGCUGCAUCUCUCGCCCCUGAGGUUUCAACUGUCAUCCCCAGUGGACUUAUCAGAAAGAGCCCAUAUUUGACACACCCAAUCUUUAACAUGUAUGAAUUCUUGCUGGAAAGUUGCCUCUUCUUAGGCUACCUUAUGCAUAUCUGAUAGUUGUUUUUCUUCCUCUUGCAGGUAUCACACUGAACAUGAACUUCUUAGGUACAUCUCUUUGUUGCAAUCAAAGGAUCUUUCAUUAUGUCACAGCAUGAUUCCCCUCGGCUCUUGCACAAUGAAACUGAAUGCAACAGUGGAGAUGAUGCCUGUGACUUGGCCCAACUUUGCAAACGUUCACCCUUUUGCCCCUACUGAGCAGGCCUUGGGCUACCAGGUUAUUGCUAAUUUUCUCCCUUAAAAUUCCGGCUUUGAUUUCUUCAUUUUGAAAACUUCAAUGCACAAUAGAAAGGAGGAAUAACUCUCGAAGCACCUCCAUGCAAUUCAGUGGAAAGUUCUGAUACGCUGCUUUAUUUCUUUGUGAAGGAAAUGUUCGAAAAUCUAGGUGAUCUCUUGUGUACAGUCACUGGCUUCGAUUCAUUCUCAUUGCAACCCAAUGCGGGUGCUGCAGGAGAAUAUGCUGGGCUUAUGGUCAUCCGUGCUUAUCAUAUGGUAUGUCAGGGUUGCCAGAUUAUUUCUUAUUGUUUGGAAAUUCAGUAUGAUUCAGGACCUUCUUCAGCUUAUCUUUGGGCCAGAAUAACCAGUAAUUCAUUUUGCGUGUUAAAAUUUUGUAGUCAAGAGGUGAUAGCCACCGGAAUGUCUGUAUCAUUCCCGUGUCCGCUCAUGGGACAAAUCCUGCCAGCGCAGCCAUGUGCGGAAUGAAAAUUGUUGCAGUUGGGACCGAUUCCAAGGGAAACAUUAACAUUGAGGAAUUGAGGAAAGCUGCUGAGACUCACAAGGACAACUUAUCUGCCCUAAUGGUAUGAUCGAUUAUGAGAUACCUAAUUGUUUUUCUUUAAUUCUGAACCUACUUGAGUGAUUUAAACAACUUAGUUUCUGACCUACUUCAGACCAUAUAUGCAUAUUAAACAACUUGGAAGACAUUUUUUUGAUGGCCUGUACCACGAGAAAGACUGAAUUUUGUUGAUAUAUCAGUGCAGACCUUCUUCUGGCAUUAGAUGCAUUCUAGAUAGGGGAUUUCGCUUAUUUGCUUUUUAAUGUUUCCGCAGGUGACAUACCCUUCAACUCAUGGAGUUUACGAAGAGGGAAUUGAUGAGAUCUGCAAAAUAAUUCAUGACAAUGGGGGCCAAGUUUACAUGGAUGGUGCUAACAUGAAUGCACAGGUUUAAUUUCUGCCUUUUGGUGAAACUAUUGUAGGUGAUAAUUGAAUGCAUCUGUCUCGCAUUUUUUUAUAGAUUGAGUGAGUUGAUGCAGUUCCCAAGAAAAAAAAUUGUUUGAUCCAUUUGAAGAAAGUCAAUUUAUUGCGCUUAAUUUUAUUUAUUCUAUAAAUAAUAUUCUGACUAAAAUGAUAACUAUUUGAAUAAUAGGAAGUGCCCUUUAAGUUGCGUGAAUAAAAGAAAACCUUUUAGGGAUUAUCUUUCGAUGUUUUCAAAGUCUUCCUUCGGAAUGAUAUGAUAGUGUCCAGGCUGUUGUUGUUGAAUACAGCUUGUUUACCUGGACAUUUGUCUCAGCCCUUGAAGCUCAUAUUUUUUUCCUCUUUCUUUUUCAUUAUUUAGACAUACUCGCCAGAGCCAUGUUCACAUUCUAUCUUCUGGCUUAAAAUUUUCGUGAAUAUGGAAACCUAUAUGCUCUAUUUGUUUUUCAUUUAUGUUCUAGUUUUUUUGGCAUCCCUUAGAAUUAAGGGGGUUGGAACAUUAAAAUUUCUCAUUCACUCCUUAGGCUGUCUUUGUCUACCUUCCAUCGAACUCAGGAUCGAAAUUUAUGUCAAUCUGAUUAGACUGUAUUUAUUUUUUGAAGGUUAAAACCAUUGAAUCUCGGUUACACUCUGGACACGACCAUAAGCCUGUUUUAGUUUCAUGACACGUAGCAAUUUUUACCGCCAUCAUCUUGUUGUCGUCUGUGCCUUCUGCACAUUCUUUUCAUUAUUGUGACACCACGUUCCGUUAUUUCAGGUUGGUCUGACAAGCCCCGGUUGGAUUGGGGCAGACGUAUGCCAUCUUAACCUACACAAGACAUUUUGCAUUCCCCAUGGUGGAGGUGGUCCUGGAAUGGGGCCCAUUGGUGUGAAGAAACACUUGGCGCCGUUUCUGCCUUCUCAUCCAGUGGUAUGUUGUCGUACUGAAACCUACUAUAUUUGCAGACUAAUGUCCCGAUGUGGAAAAAAUCUAAGGUCCUUAUUUUGUGCAUAUACAUUUUUUUCCCCAAUAUUUUCUUAGAUUUUGCCACGAUAAUUUCCACCCUAUUCAGUGCUCAAUCUUGUGUUAUUCUGAUGGUAACUGGGUCUCUAGUUUGCUUCUUAGCUGCGUGUUCUUCUCCCGCUUUCUCAUUUUCUUCCCUUUCCUUCAUCAAAUGACAGUGCAAACCCACUAGUUCUUGUUUGCAUCUCACAGAUUCUAUCUGAUCUUAAGUUAGUGAGGUAGGGAUGUUGAUGGAAUGGUCGUUUUUUCUUCUUUAAAUGGGUUAUUACGACCCACCUCUGUUUAGAUAUGUCAUUUAUCGAUUGAAAAUCGCAUUAAUUCUUGAUGUAGUUAUAUUUAAAGAUGAUGUCUGAAUUAUAAAUGGGAUAGACAGUCGAAAGGCAGGGAGUGAUGAGGGAACCAGAUUCAAUUUAAAUUGCAAGUCUUUGGUAUUUCCCAUAGUUUUACAGAUGCAACAAGGAUUUGAUAAAGCCUGAAGAGGGCCCAAUUUGUAUAGCCUUGUGGAAAGCAGCACAUAAGAACAGGCUACCUCAAGAGUUAGCGUCCUUGCUGAACUAGGAGAGUUGGUUACAAAAAAUAAGGAAGGAUGCUUUGAUUCUUAACUUAUUGUAGAGAAGUAGAUUUGGCAUCUGAGAUUUUUGAAGGAAGAAUCUUUACAUUGCUAAGGUCUCUUUUAAAAAAUUUCCGUCUAUUAUUGAUAUUCUAUGUUGAUACACAUAUGAUUAAUUUAGAACCAUCUUCGAUCCAGUUCCUUUUCAUUCUUAUGUGCCAUUGACUUUUCUUGUCUGCAUGCUAUGCUAGGUCUCCACUGGUGGAAUACCACUCCCUGAGAAGACCGAGCCUCUUGGCACCAUUUCUGCAGCUCCUUGGGGUUCAGCACUUAUUCUGCCUAUCUCAUAUUCGUACAUAGCCAUGAUGGGGUCCAAAGGCCUGACAGAUGCCUCGAAGAUUGCUAUUUUGAACGCAAACUACAUGGCAAAGCGCCUGGAGGUUGAGUUUUCUUAGCCUGUUUUAAUUAUAUGGCCUUGAACCCAAACUGGUAUAGACCCAGAUCUACCCUUGUUAAAGUCUUGGCCAGCCAGCUCUUUAUAAUUUUUUGAUGUCUAGCACAGCAACCUCCCUUUUUAUCUUCUUUCCCUCUUUCUAAUUCUCUCUACCAUUUGUCCGAAAUGCAUGAGCUUAGACCGAAUCCACCUUGAGGUCUCAUUAUUGGCACAUGUGUCGGUUGGCAUUGAACCAGGCCAUUCGUAGGAAGAAUAAUUAGUUGGCCUUUUUGACCCCAGAAUCUUUAGAUAAUUAUCUUGAUGAUGAUUUUAAGCUGAUUUUUUCGGAAUAAUUCCGUAUUACUAUCAGUCAAAUCGUUUUUUUAAUCUUGAGAUAUGUAUCUGAUUAGUAUUUGUGUGGCAGAACCACUAUCCAAUCCUCUUCCGUGGUGUCAAUGGCACAGUUGCUCAUGAGUUCAUUGUUGAUUUGAGAGGUUUCAAGGUGAUUGAUACUCCGCAACCUUGCUGUUUCCUUUAAAAAAAUUUUACUUUAGACCCGAGAGCAAAUUGGAAUCCACUGUUCUGCAGGCCACUGCUGGUAUAGAGCCUGAGGACAUUGCAAAACGUCUCAUAGAUUAUGGAUUCCAUGGCCCGACUAUGUCUUGGCCUGUUCCUGGCACCCUCAUGAUUGAGCCCACCGAAAGUGAAAGCAAGGUACUUAAGAAGACCUUCUUCUUCGUCUCUCUCUCUCUCUCUCUCUCGUUCUACAUUUUUUCCUUCAUACCAUCAGAGCAUCAAGGAAGGUGAUGUUUCCCAUCGCAGGUUGAGCUAGACAGGUUCUGCGAUGCUCUCAUUUCAAUCAGAGAAGAAAUUGCCCAGAUUGAGAGUGGAAAAGCUGACAUCAACAACAACGUCCUGAAGGUAAAUGAUCUGUUCCUCUGCCUGUAAACAUUGAUAAUGCUUGCCGUAGAAAAUUUCAACUGCUAAAUCUCCUCUUUUAAUGGAAAAUUAUCGGGAAAAAGAAUAACCAUGCGUCGGUUAUCACAAGAUCGGUGACAAAAUAUGCCAUCCAAUCCAUAUGAACAGUUUCAUUGCCUUUUAAAACGUUAUGGAUGCUGCAGAAAAAAAUCCUAAUUAAUAAUCCUCUUUUGGAAAUUUACGGGGUAAAAUUUUGUUUUGAUCCAUUUGCUCAUCAAAAUUACUUCCGAAAUUAUGCCAUCCGAUUAAUAUGAAUGGUUUCAUUUGAUGUCCAGGGAGCUCCUCACCCCCCAUCUUUGCUCAUGGGCGACACAUGGACGAAGCCAUACACCAGGGAAUACGCAGCCUUCCCUGCUCCAUGGCUCCGAUCUGCCAAGUUCUGGCCCACCACUGGUAAUUUACUCGUCCCAUACCCACCAUCCCAUUUCGGGUAUUUUCUUCCCUCGAAACCCAUACGAAUUCUUGUUUUGAAUUCCCUUGUGGGUUUACCAGGCCGCGUGGACAACGUCUACGGUGACCGCAACCUCAUCUGCACCCUCCUCCCGGUCUCACAGAUGGCGGAGGAGCAGGCGGUGGCCUCUGCGUAG